AUGACGGAGAAGAUAAACGUCACUCUUGAAGAUGGAACAAUUGUGGAAGAACAAGAGUUCGAUUGGGAUUCAACAACCAAAGGCUACAUUCUCAGCGCCUUCUACUAUGGAUAUAUAACGACACAAAUCUUGGGAGGAUUCUUGUCUUCCCGCAUUGGCGGCCAUUUAAUAUUCGGACUCGGUACAGGUUUAACAGCAGCUUUAGCUUUGCUUACUCCAGUAGCAGCAAAAACACACUUGGCACUCUUCAUCACAGUCAGAGUUCUUCAAGGGAUUGUUGGGGGCGUGGUUUAUCCAUCAAUUCUAUCCAUUUGGGCUCAAUGGGCGCCGGUUUAUGAGAGAUCCUUCAUGGGAAAUGUGUCUUACACAGGAAAUUACAUCGGAAUCAUCGCAGCGAUGCUCCUUUCAGGCAUUAUGAGUGUUUCUUGGGGUUGGGAAAGCGUUUUCUACUUUUUUGGAUCUUUAGGAUGUCUUUGGUACCUUGCUUGGCUGUUCAUCGUCAGAGCCAAUCCAGAAGUCGAUCCAUUCAUAAAAGAGGCGGAAAAGCAGUUCAUCUUGUCCAGUAUUGGAGAUCGAAGUCAAGUGAAGAAUAUCAGGCAUCCUUGGAAGGACAUUUUCACGUCCAUGGCUGUUUGGGCUGUCUUAAUUAACGUUUAUGCUGACAUUUCAGAUACUCUGAAUUUCAAUCUGGACACCACAGGAAUCAUGGCUUCCAUUCCUUACAUGGUGAUAACAGCUCUUCUCUUUGUGUCUGGCUUUCUUGCUGAUUGGACACAAGUAAAGGGAUAUCUGAGGACAGGUCAAGUCCGAAGAUUCUUCAAUUGCGGAGCUUUUAUCGUUCAAAUGGCUUUCAUGCUUCUCACGGCCUUCACAACUGAUCCCACUUUAAGCAUUGUCUUCAUAAGUCUUGGCGUUGGCGCUGGAGCUUUUGCAUGGUCAGGAUAUGUCGUAAAUCCUCUCGAUUUGGCUCCCAGUCAUGCUUCAAUUAUCCUAGGCUUAUCUAAUUCCUUUGGAACCCUGGCUGGAAUUCUGAGUCCUAUCUUGACAGGUUACAUAGUGACUGAUAAGACCAGAGAUCAGUGGCGAAUAAUAUUCUACAUUGCUGCUGGAGUUUACUUAGCCGGAUGCAUUUUUUGCUGGAUUUUCGUUAGAGGACGACUUCAACCCUGGGCGAAAAUCGACAUUGAAGAAUUAGCCAAUAGAAAUGCUCUGAAAGAGAGUAAAAACAAGAGUAAAAUGUCAGAAUAA